AUGAGUGAUAAUAAUAUAGAUUACAAAAAAGCAUAUGAAGAACUUUUAGAAAAAGUAAAAGAACUUCAAAAAAAAGAAAAAGAAAGAUCCAUCAGACAUCUUAUUGAUAAUGGCAUACCAAAGUACAUUAUAACAUCAACAUCACAAUCUUCAUCAAAUCAUGAUUAA